GGCUGUUUCCGUGAUGCUCCGCGCGGGGACACGUCAGGAGGCGGAAGGGGAAGGGACUGAGCGGCGCCGGCUCAGCUGCCCCGCGCCGGGGCGGGCCGCGUGGGUGAAGGGGGAUGAAGCCUGGACCCCCCAUCUCUCCCCCCGUCUGGGCUGUCCAGGGUGGCGCCCCUCACCGCUGUCUCUGAGGCGCGCUGGGCCACGGGCUGUCUCUGUCCUUGGCGGCAGCCCUGCAGCGGCCCGCUCGGGUGCGUGGCAGCCCCAAGAGGCCUGUGCCCGAGCCCCGAGCUGUGCCAUGGGCAGGCGGCCGCCGGGCAUCCCCUUGCUGGGGAAGGCAGCGCUGACGCUGGGGCUGGUGCUGCUCUAUUACUGCUUCUCCAUCGGCAUCACCUUCUACAACAAGUGGCUGAUGAAGAGUUUCCAUUUCCCUCUUUUCAUGACCCUGCUGCACCUCCUGGUUAUUUUCCUGCUCUCUGCUCUGACCAGGGCCCUGAUGCAUUGCUGCACCAAGAGGUCCCGUGUGGUGCUGACCUGGGAUGACUAUCUCAGAAGGGUGGCUCCAACAGCAUUGUCGACUGCCUUGGACAUUGGGUUGAGCAAUUGGAGCUUCUUGUACAUCACAGUCUCCCUCUACACAAUGACAAAAUCCUCUGCUAUCCUCUUCAUCCUGCUCUUCUCCCUGAUCUUCAAACUGGAGGAGCUGAGGAUGGCGCUGGUGCUGGUGGUUCUGCUCAUUGCCGGGGGGCUCUUCAUGUUCACGUACGAGUCCACACAGUUCAACAUGGAGGGGUUUGCGCUGGUGCUGGGUGCCUCCUUCCUUGGGGGCAUUCGCUGGACUCUCACCCAGAUGCUCAUGCAGAAGGCCGAGCUGGGGCUUCAGAAUCCCAUUGACACCAUGUUCCACCUGCAGCCUCUUAUGUUCCUGGGGCUCUUCCCUCUCUUUGCUGUGUUUGAGGGGUUGGCCCUAUCUACGUCCGAGAAGUUGUUCCGUUUCCAUGAGGCAGGGCUGUUGCUCAGUGUGGUGGGGAAGCUCUCCUUAGGGGGGUUUCUUGCUUUCGGCCUGGGCUUCUCCGAGUUCCUCUUGGUUUCCAGAACCUCCAGCCUCACUCUCUCCAUUGCUGGCAUUUUUAAGGAAAUCUGCACCUUGCUGCUGGCCACUCACUUGCUGGGAGACCACCUGAACCUCCUGAACUGGGUGGGCUUUGCUGUCUGCCUAUCGGGAAUCUCCCUGCAUGUCACUCUCAAAGCCUUCAGUUCAAAAGGUGAAAAGGAGUCAAAGCUACACAAAGGGACCAGCUCCAGCCCUGACCUGGAGCUGCUGCUGCGGCGCAGUGAGGCUGAGGAGGAGGAAGAGGAAGUUGUAACCGAGCUACAGCACUAAUUUGGCCCUGAGCACAAUGCCCCUGUUGCAUCUGAUCAUCAGACACAACUGACAACUGAGCAGCAAACAGGUCCAAGAAUCUUGGACUUACAGCUCCUUGAGGUUGGGCAUAUGAGAGGAGAUGGAGCUGGUGAGGGGCCUGCUGCUCAGCACCCACAGACCAGAUCCAUGGAGCCUGUUUGGGUGGAACAGGCAGCGCUAUACGCUUCCCCUUAAAAGGGAUUGGAAGAGAACCCCCCGCAGCUGGAGUGUGGGGGAUGGGGCGGGGAAACUAAGAUUGUAGAACGAGGGGAGCCCAUAGGCUGCAGGUCAUGGACAUGAGGGUCAAGGCUCAAUAGGGACUCUUCCUCCAACUUGUUCUGGUGUUGGCUCCAAAGAGCGAAGGCAGAAGGGCGCCUUUGGGGCUCUUUCCCCACAGCUUUGCCAUUCAGAGCCCUUAUGUUCUCUGAAGUUGAUGGUGAUCUAAAAAAUCUGGGACUUGCCCCCAUGGGGCAGCCAUUGUACCCAGUAACUUGUUCUCUUCGCAUUGUGUGCUGGGACCGAGGAUCCUCCCUGCUUGUUAUUGGGGACCAAUCCAGGCAGGAUAAUCAGGUAAAGAGGUGCACUGCUGGCCCCGUGGGGCUCUGCAAGCCAUUAAGGGCCAGGGCGUCUAGGCAGCAAAUUUCUUUAUUGAAAAGAGUUCUGAUUUUUCAUGGAAAUAAAUGACUGAACAGCU